AUGUGGAACAUGUCUUCCAGCACGGUUCCCUCUGUGAAUGGUUCUCGACCACCAGCUGGAGUCGCUGGCGGCUACGUCUUCAUACCCUCAGGGACAAAGCAGUCAAUGCCGCUCCACGCAAGUGGGGUAGUGAACGGUGUAAUUCCAGGUGUAGUUCCCCCACACGAUCGUACACAAGAGGUGUGCAAGUACUUUGUGAAUGGCGGGUGUCUGCGUGGGGCAAACUGUCCCUACCUUCACGAGCUGCCUGACGAACGUCACCUUGACGUCAACGGGCUUGGUUUCAUUCUCAACCCAAACGUUCAUAAUGCGCAGAAGACAGUAGCAUCUCCGCAGACGCCAGUGACGGCAAUCACACCUAGUCAGCCACUGAAGGGAACCGGUUCCCCUCUCACUAUGAUGCUCAGCAGUCAGAAUGCCACCCAGAGUAGAGUCUUCGGCCCGACCAAGGUAGCCAAGAACCAGCCGCCCUCGAUGAGUGGUUCUAGUUCAGCAUCACCUCAGGCGGUGCCCAUGGGAAAGCUGCCAGCCCCUCCCAAGUAUAAUCCACCGGAGCCAUACUUAGAGCUUAACCUACCUCCAGCGCUAGCAUUUCCGCUGAAGGUUCCGACGAAAGACACCACUGCGACCCUCGCUCAUUUGAUGCUACAGAACUGA